AUGUACUCCCGCACCACCACCUUAUUGAGCAGAAGCUGCCGGUAUCUUCUCCGCACUCCCAUCCACCUGAAGUCGCCGUUUUCCAUCUCCGCGCGCUCCUUCGCAGCCGUAAACGCAGCCAUGGCGGAUGCCACCUCGGGGGUUACUGCUGAUUCACUGAAGAGCAAAUUGAUCGAACAGUUGCAGGCACAGCACGUUGAGAUUGAGGAUCUAUCGGGUGGUUGUGGACAGGCAUUCCAGGCGAUUAUCGUUUCGCCGCAAUUCGAGAAGAAGACCAUGCUCGCCCGCCAUCGUUUAGUUAACGCUGCCUUGAAGACGGAAAUUGCUGCCAUCCACGCGUGGACGCCAAAAUGCUAUACCCCUGAGCAGUGGCAGGCGCUGCAGCAGGGAAGUGCCUAG